AUGAAUCCAACACCAACAUUAAAUCAAAUAAUAACAAAACAAAACGUCCACAAAAUUUUAAAAAAUUCAACAUGGUCAAUUGGAAAAUUACGUCAACAAAUAAUACCUGAAUCACUCAAACAAAAAAAUCAUGAAUCAACAACCAACAAUAUAAAUGAAGAACAAACUACCAAAAUCAAGAAAAUAAUAAAACAAUCAGGUUUUAUCCAACCUUCAACCACUAAAAAUUUACAAAAAUUAUGUAAAUCAUUUGAAAUUCAGAAAUUAUUUAUUAAACAUUUAUAUGACGUCGAUAAUGAUUCAACUACAACUGAACACAAAGAAAAUAAAAAGUUACAAGAAAAAUAUCAAUUUAGAUUAGUUUAUAGUGAUCAUUUACCUGAUCCACCAUUAACAUUAAACAAAAUUAUGGAACAGAUUGAAAAUUUACCUAAUGAAGUAUCUGAUGCAAAAGGAGAAAGAGGAUUUGAUUUUUAUAAGUUGAGAAAGGAGUAG